ACCAUAAGAUCUCUUAUAGUUUCCGGUUCAACAACUCAUCAGCACAGUAGUCGCAUCAUACUGAAAUAUCUUUCAUAUCAACUUAGCAGCUAGCCUUUAGCUAACCGUCUUUCAACAUGGACAAUCGUCUAUCCGACAGUAUUGCCUCAUUAAAGGAAAUGUUCGACAGUCACCGGUACGCCGCCGCCACCGAGGAGACAUUGCAAUCCAUGGAACUAGACGAAGCUCUCCUCGUCCUGAACGCACCUUUCUGGGAGGACAGUGACUUUGCCACUCUCGUCCUCUGUCUACGUAAACAUGCCAAACCCCCAACCAAAACCCUCCUCGAGCAGAUGUGUCCGAAGCCUGUCUGGGCCGAAGAAAUCAUGUUCGCGGCCGACGUGCUGAAGGAAUGCAAAUUUCUUAGCGAACCAAAACAUGUGAAACAGCGUACCCCUAUCCUUCUGUACGUUUAUGCCAUCGCUAGGCUCUUGCGGGAAACGCCACCUACGUCUAGCGACGUCCUGGAGAGAAUGCUAAAAGACUACAAGGUUCCCGGUCCGACAGAAAUCAAGAGGAGGGCGUGGGUGCGGUACUCAGACAUAGUCGCCGCUGAUGGAUCCAAUGGGUCGGUGACGGUGAAGAAGGAAAAGCGCGGUGAAAUUGGGGAGUUCGGCAGUGUAGACGUAAAGAACAACAACAUGCCCUGUCCCGAAUGGCAUGCUAUGUUCAAGCCAGGGGCCAGAGUAAAGCCCCCUCAGCUAUCUCAUUAUCCGUACGGAGCAGCGGCACAGCCUCCUCAAAUGAUAGACCCAUUGCCACCAAGGAAACGCCCUUACAACUCCAUCGGCGUUCAAAUGCCCGGUUACCAGACUCCAACGCCGGGCUCCGUUCAGAGUAACUACGGCGGCGUGUUCCCUCCCAAUACCAGCUCCCAAACCCAACUCUCCUCUACGUCCGGCCGACCGCCAGCACCGAAUAACCCUCACCUGGUUCGCUUUGGCAAAAAUACGUGCCUCAAAAAGGCCAGAACAGGCGCUUGUUCACCCCCUGCCGAUCCUAUCACUAAGCCAUCUACAACGACAGCUAGCUCUUCGGCGGUCCCUGCCCUAGGCAGAAUCAAGAUGCCUAAACCCCCGAAACAGGAUGAAGAAGAGGACUGGUGAAUGGGCUGGUGAACGAUGACCGAGACGGAAUUCGUGAGGUUGACGAUCAACUUUCGUAAGGAGCAAAACUAUGCUGAGCUUCGAGGUUAGUCCACUUGGGCAUACAACUUCUUUUACCCCAUAUCAAUGUAGUUUGGCUAGAUAUCUACUCUUAAAGACCAUUAAUCUGCUUGUGUGA